AUGGGUUUAGUGUUGACGAGGUCGGCGAAGAGGAGGAAAGGUGUGGAGGCAGUUCAGGCGCUCUUCACAGCACCUGAGGCGGCCAGUCAGAAGAGCGUGCACCUCCACCAUCGACUCGCUGCCGCUGACGUAUCAACUUUCUGCUCACUUUUGAUGCACAGAAUUUUUGGUUUCUUAAUCUUCUUACACUUUAUUUGCAUGACAAAUGGGAGGCAUAGUCUAGUUCAUGUUCAUGCACUCUUCCGGCAUGGUGACAGAGCGUCCAUUAGACCGCAUAUUUUCGAUGGAUAUGAUCCCCACAAAGUGUGGCCUGACGGACUAGGUCAACUGACUCAAGAGGGCAUCGAACAGCUCUUUCUACUAGGAAAGUGGCUGAGAAGCAAAUAUGGCCAUUUUAUUGGAGAAAACUACAAUGUCUCUACUUUCCAUAUGCGCAGUACGGAUGUGGACCGUUCUUUGAUGUCGGCAGAAGCAAUGAUGGCCGGUUUUUUUCACCGGUCAAACACCUCACUUAGUAAAUAUGGAUUACACUGGCGUCCUGUUCCAACUCAUACCAUGCCUACAACAUCAGAUACGCUGUUAUCAGUUGAACCAUGCCCACGCUUGGGUCAGCGACGAGAUGAGAUUCUUAGAUCAAAAGAAGGAGUCAUUUUGUUUAAACAGCACAAAGCGACAAUAGAACUUGUGGGUACAGCUUUCGGAAUCAAAAAUGUCACCUUGAUGGAUGUGUGGAGAGUCAGUGAUGACCUCUUCUGCCUGAGAUCCCACAAUGCCACUCUCCCAAAAUGGUACACACAAGACGUGGUCAAAGAACUUGACUCACUAAACGAUCGGCUUUUCUGGAAAGCCUGCAUCGGUGUCUUCGGCUUUGUCUUUGGCUCUUGUUCAUGA